CUUGAUCCUCCCUGCUAUAAAAGGGUUAGAUGCCCGGAACAGAGUUAUAACAAAGCUAGACCGAGCUGACAAGAUCAAGAUAGAGAGUAGAGCGCUGGACAGCAAGGUUGCUAACUGCGGGACAGGUGGAUUUCUACCACUCGGACCCCUUGAUCUUACUCUUCUCCAGUGACAGUCAACAUGACGUUGUUCAACGGCGAACUGCCUUUCUACCCCCGACCCCGUUAUGCAGCCGGCAUCAACGUCCCCUUGUUGGUGGUCAUCGUGGUAUUCCUGGCUUUAGCAGCCAGUUUCCUACUCAUUCUACCCGGAAUUCGCGGUCAUUCGCGCUGGUUCUGGUGCGUUAGAAUCCUCCUCAGUUUGUUCAUUGGAGCAGAGAUUGUAGCGGUGAACUUCAGCGGGGAAUGGUACGUGGGUCAAGUAAAAGCCAACACCUCCUACAAGGCUUUCACCUCUGCCCAAGUCAGUGCUGAUAUCGGGCUGCAGGUUGGAUUAGGAGGAGUCAACAUCACGCUCACAGGGACUCCUAUGUACCAGUUGAACGAGACUAUCGACUAUAACGAGAAGUUCAGCUGGAGUUUUGGAGACAAGUAUACCGAGGAGUAUGAGGAGGCGCUGCAGAAGGGGCUACCGAAUCCGGUGCUCUAUCUAGCGGAGAAAUUCACCCCUGCCAGCCCCUGUGGCUUGUACCAACAGUACCGGCUGGCUGGACACUAUGCUUCAGCUACACUCUGGGUGGCAUUUUGUUUCUGGCUGCUUUCCAAUGCGUUGCUGUCUAUGCCCGCUCCACUUUACGGAGGACUCUCGCUGCUGCUCACCGGAGCCUUUGUGUUCUUUGCGAUCUUCUCCUUCGCUUCCAUCUCCAGUGUGCCCCUGUGUCCGAUCCACUUAGGCUCAGAGAUCCUCACCACCCACUAUGGGGCUGCCUUCUGGACCACGUUGGCCACAGGUUUCUUAUGCCUGUUCCUAGGAGGGAUGGUGGUGUGUCUACACUACACACAUCCCAGCGCCCUGCGCACUUUCCUGGACCUGAGUGAUGGCCACGUCGUAGAAACUAGGAACCUGAUGCCCCAGAUCUACAGCAAUCCGCUUCACCUGCCCCAGAAAUGCAAACCGGCGACCCCAGACAUACAACUUGCUGUCCUCUCGUAGGGGGUCUUCACUCCCCGGACUUUUGUUCUCAAAUAGGGAGGGCACUCGGAAGCCGUCUGAGAUGGAAGCGGCAACAUGGACUUCACCCCUCCAUUCUCUGCGGGUCGGAGAGAGCGAGUGGGGAUCGCAGCUGACUCCCCUCUUUGAGCAGGGGAUAUUAGGCGGCGACUGUAAAUAAAGACUAUUUUUUUAAUUUAAAAAACCAACCAAACAAAACACUUUCUAUUGAUUUCCGUGGCUUGGGUGGUUUCUGGGAGAACAACGUGCCUUUACCAUUUAGAAUCCUCCAUCCCUUUGAUCCCUAUACUGGAGAGUUCGGCCAUGUUCCCUGACUUCACGAAGGGAAACUUGUACACAACUUUUUUUUUUUCCUGAACCAUUCCAGCCUCUGCGAUCCCGGACUCCAAACUUGCUCAGUCCCAAAUCAGGGCAGAGCAGUUGGUCUGCAUUGCAGCAGUACUGCCCGGGAAGGCUUCUGCGAUGUUCGUGCUGCCCCCCAGUGGGAACACGAAGAGCGGAGCGAGGAACAGACUGGCUAGGACAGUGAACCAUUCCACUAUCCCAUGCGUAAAAAACGCCGGCUUAGAUCGGGACACCUCGUGCCUUAGGGGGUUAAUCCUCAGUGACUUCCUCUUCCCAUCCUGGGACUCUUCUGCAUUCAUACAGCUGUCUUUUCCCUUGCAGUAGAGGUGAAAUUAGGAGAGAAUCACUCCACUUCCCAUUCCCUAACAAAAAUAACUCUAUGGACUGCCAAUGAAACAGCACAAGUUGGGUUCUCUAGGUUUCUUUGGAAGUCCCAGUCAUGCCUCUCCUUCAGUCUACAUGGACUUAGUUCCUGAAUUGGAGGGUGGAGAGCAGAGAAGUUUCCGCAUUUGUUGGCAGUUUAACUCCUCACCCAAUUUCUUUGGGAUUAUGUCAAUUGACAAUAUAGUUACUGAGUUUUGGAGCCAACCUUUUGAUUGCUGGUCUCCUGUCUCUAAGUUCUGUAUUCUUUGCACUAAAUCCUUGCUGGUUCUCAAAUGUAUGUGAUGAUGGAAGUAGGGGAUAAUUAGAAGAAAGAUGGCAUAAAUAGGGAAAUAGGUGAUGAGAUUAUGCUGUUUUCCUAGUGAAAAUAUUUUACUUGGUAAAGUACAGCGGGACAAUUAGGCUGUGUAACUUCCCUCCAUAGCCAUAGGAGCCAUAUGAGAGCAAAUUAAAAUGAAGUCCUGGUAUCUUCAAAGUGAAAAGGAAGUUACAAGACAAACUAAAUUGUAAAGAGCCAGUUUUGAAUUAGUCCAUGAACAGCAAGAAUCUGGUCCAGGUAUUACUUGAGACCUCAUCUCUGUUAGAGUGAGGGAUUCAAACUAUUGGCUCACCAUCUCCCUAACAAUGAAUUAUAAAGACAUACUUGAUAAAUUUAGGAUAAUCUUGAUGGAAAAUGCAUGUGAAAGGAACAUGGCAUCUUAACUAUACUAUUUACCCCUUAAAAGUAAAUUAAAGACACACUUGAGGUGAAUACAUUAGUAUGAUAAUUUCUGCUAUUUAUUACUCUAUUUCACAAAUACUUUGGUAUUGAUAAUAAACAUCACAACUAUUCUGUUGUUAUUGAUGAGCAUCACAACUAUGCUAUUUACAAUUCUGUGUUGAUAAGUAUUUAGUAUUGAUAUUUAAGGUGGAUACUGAAAUGUCAAAGUUUGGAUUGUGUAUUAACCCUGGAAGGUAUAUGAUGUCACCUGAAGAUAGCUAGUGAUAUUGUAAUACUAGCCUAAAAGGUAUGUAAACCCUGGCACUCAGAUUAAUAAACGGAGAUUGAAACACAUA